AUGAUGCCCGCACUCAUGGGAGGUGCUCUCCCGGGCCUUGCUCCCACCACCGCCACCUAUCCUGCAGAUACCUUUUUCGACGACUUGUCUAGACAGAUGGCUCUUUCCCAGGCGUCAAGAAGGCUUUCGAGAGGAUCUAACGGACAACGAACUGGAACUGCCAUGCGCGUCGUGAAGCCCACCAGCGCCAACAACAGCCCGAGGUCAUCAUCGUCGGUGCAGGCCAGGAGGAGGACUCUGAUGAACGACGGCAAUCUGGCGAGGCGGAGGCAGCAGGUCAUGGAUCACGUUCAGAUGCCCGAGUACAACUCGCAACAGCAACCCAGGCCUAGCCGCCCCCUCAGCUGGCACCCAUCUACCUUCCAGCAGCAACAACACAAGCUGCCUGUCCAGCAACACGAGGCGCAAUACCCGUUUCCCUCAACCUCGUCGGCAUACCACGACAACGACAGCUACUCGGCCUACAGCCAGUUCCCGCCUACUCCUGCUGCGUACUCCUGCAACACAUCACCUACUGCACACUUCUCACCCCUCUCUCUACCCUUUGGUGCCUACGGCGGAUCUUCCUACCUGCCCGUCGAGGGCUGGAACGUCCCUCAGCAAGUCCCGCCGGCGUAUGUCACCUCGUCUGACCACUACGCGGAGCCCUUCCCGGCUCUUCCCACUACUCUGCCGGACCUCACGCCUUCUUCCACUUCCACGUCUUGGAACUCGUACCCCAUGAACGGCUUCACCAGCACGUCUCCGCCUACGCCUGAGACUCUGCCCCAGGCUCAACAGCCGCAACCCAUUGUCGCCAAUGAGGACAGCAUCCCCUACCAGCCUCUUGACGAGCCUGAGGAGGAGGGCGAGAUCCUCGUCGGCAUGGGAUUGUACGAUGCCCCGGAGAAGUACGACAACGAUGCCCGCUCUGGCAUGUCCUCUCUGUUGGGCGCCACCUACCGCCCCCGGGAGGGUACCGGCAAGGGCCUCAAGUUGGAGGAGUCAUGGCAGCCUCCUGAGGAGAGCGACGACGACGACGAGGACCAGGAAGACGCCGAUGGCGAGGACUCGGAUUAA